UGUUCGAAUCGUCGUUGGGUGUGGACGCGAGCGGCAGCGCUAUAAAUAGGUGUUCUUCCGUGACUCUCGUAUUUCUGGCCGAUGCCACUGGCUGAUGGGGAUGCCCCAACAACAUACUGCACGCUGAGAAUACGCCGCAAGAGUUCAAGUGACAAUUUCCCAACCAAUAUCAACUUUCACGACAAAGUCAACGCAAAUUGAAUUUGAAUCGAGUGCGGCCUGAUCUUCGAUUCGUCGACUCAUUAUACGCAAAAUAGCGAAAAUAGCUAAAGUUUUCUGUGCACAAAGUUUCGUGGCAAAACAAAACCGAAAACUCCUCGAACACAUUUUCCAGGCACAUUCACACCCAAAGUGUAAACCAAUUAACAGAAGUCAUUCUCGUGGAAUAAAUAAAUUGCAAACAAUUAUGAAUUUCAAAUCCCAGCCAGGCAUAAUCAAAUAAAAUGUCCAGCAAAAUUUUAAUGGCAAAUGCAGCUCAAAGCAAACAAUUCGAAGCAUAGACGAACCAGCGACCAGACCAGGGGCUGUGCUGCAGUGCAGUGCGGUGUGGCAGAGUGUUGUGGCAGUGGCAAACAGAGUCAAAGAAAGCCGCAGGACUCACCCACAAUAAUAUAUAAUUGGUAAUAGUAACAGCAGGACACCAGUCGGAACCACACAUUCCACCCCUCCCCCCCUAUAUAGACGCAUGUACGAGUGAUCCGAGAGCGGGUGGACAGGACAGGGCAGGGCAGGCAAUGCCAAAAUGCCAUCGGCAGAUCAAAUCUUGUUCAUAAAUGUCACCACAACGGUGGCAGCGGCGGCUUUAACCGCGGCAGCCGCUGUCAGCACAGCGCCGGGCGGAGCAGCAGGCAGAUCGACAAACGAAUCGGGAACGGUUGUGAGUGCUGCUAACGCCGCUGCCGCCGCCGCCGCCGCCGCCGCCAGCAGCCGGGCGGACGAGGUCGGCGGACGCGGCGCAUCAGCCACGGAAACAGCGGCCAAUAUAUCCGGCUCGCUGGUGGAGAGCCUGACCACAGUGGCAGCUGCACUCACAACGGCGACGGGCACCAGUCCGGGCGAGUCGGAGGAAUGCGGCGCCGGAGCCGUGGAGGAGCUGCAUGCCAGCAUUCUCGGCCUGCAGCUGGCCGUGCCGGAGUGGGAGGCUCUGCUGACCGCACUGGUUCUGUCGAUAAUCAUUGUGCUAACCAUUAUAGGAAAUAUCCUGGUUAUUCUCAGUGUGUUCACCUACAAGCCGCUGCGGAUUGUUCAGAACUUUUUCAUCGUUUCGCUGGCGGUGGCAGACCUGACGGUGGCCCUGCUGGUGCUGCCGUUUAACGUGGCCUACUCGAUCCUGGGCCGCUGGGAGUUCGGCAUACACCUGUGCAAGCUCUGGCUGACCUGCGACGUGCUCUGCUGCACCUCCUCCAUUCUCAAUCUGUGCGCCAUAGCCCUGGACCGCUACUGGGCCAUAACGGAUCCCAUUAACUAUGCCCAGAAGCGGACAGUGGGCCGAGUGCUGCUCCUAAUAUCCGGCGUGUGGGUGCUCUCGCUGGUGAUCAGCAGUCCGCCGCUGAUCGGUUGGAACGACUGGCCCGACGAGUUCACCAGCGCCACGCCCUGCGAGCUCACCUCGCAACGGGGCUACGUCAUCUACUCCUCGCUGGGCUCGUUCUUCAUACCGCUGGCUAUCAUGACGAUUGUCUACAUCGAGAUCUUCGUGGCCACGCGACGACGUUUGCGCGAUCGGGCCAAGGCCACCAAGCUGAACACGAUGGCCCUCAAGUCCACGGAGCUGGAGCCCAUCACCAACUCCUCGCCGGCUGCAGCAACAUCAUCGAAGUCUCGCGCACUGACCAAUUGGCUGUGCUGCGGCCGGGAUCGGGCCAACUUCUCCACGCCCAUGAUUCAGAACGACCAGGAGAGCAUCAGCAGCGAGACCCAUGGCCAGCAGGAGGGCUCCAAGACGGCCACCACCAACGAUCAGCAGCAACAUGUGGUGGUGCUGGUGAAGAAGUCGCGUCGCUCAAAGAUCAAGGACUCCAUUAAGCAUGGCAAGGCCCGGAGUGGUCGCAAGUCCCAGUCCUCGUCCACCUGCGAGCCACAUGGCGAGCAGCAGCUGCUGCCAGCUGGCGGCAGUGGGAGCGGCAAUGCUGCAGGGAAAUCCGAUGCGGAGAUCAGCACAGAGAGCGGCAGCGAUCCCAAAGGAUGUAUUCAGGUCUGUGUGACCCAGGCGGAGGAGCAGACGUCGCUCAAGCUGACACCGCCGCAAUCAUCGACUGGUGCCGGUGCAGUGGCCGCCACACCGCUGCAGAAGAAGCCAAGCGGCGUGAACCAGUUCAUCGAGGAGAAACAGAAGAUCUCAUUGUCCAAGGAGCGGCGGGCAGCCCGUACCCUGGGCAUCAUCAUGGGCGUCUUUGUCAUCUGCUGGCUGCCCUUCUUCCUCAUGUACGUCAUCCUGCCGUUCUGCCAGAGCUGCUGUCCCAGCGACAAGUUUAAGAACUUCAUCACCUGGCUGGGCUACAUCAACUCCGGCCUCAAUCCGGUCAUCUACACCAUCUUUAAUCUGGACUAUAGGCGCGCGUUCAAGCGGCUGCUGGGCAUGAAGUAAGCACGAGGACUGACCGGCGCGAGAGGAAGAGCAUUGCUCAGAGUUUGUGCCAAAACUUAAGGGAGAGAACGCGGAAACGAGAUGACAGAUGGCGGAUUCAAAAACAUUGGCAAACAGUCCUAGAAAAUAUGAGAAUUUGGUUUCCUUUGCCAUUAAAUCAACUCGGUUUCGCCUUUCUGGUCCUUCGAGACGCGAGUAAAACUGCUCCAGGGCGGAGGGAAAUGUCUGGUGUAUGUAUUUGGAUAAUUGUACUCCGUUAGAUACUCAUGCGAAGGGGCAACUAGCCUCAAGCAAAACCCCACAUCAAAAUUAUGCAAUAAAAUCGAAGAAAAACCAUACAUAUGUACGAGUCCAUACAUACAUACAUACAUACACACAUAAAUACAUUCAUAAAUAUACAUAUAUCGUUCAACACAGGCGAACAAACAUGAAAUUGAAUUUAAUAAAAUUAAAUUAAAUGUUUAGGCACAGGAUUGGUGGCAAAAACAAACCCUUCGUGUUUCACUCUAUGCAUACUACAUACAGACAAAACCAAAGAAAACGAAAAGUGUUAGUAAAAUUAAAUUUGCGCUCAAAAUAAAUUAAUUACAGAAAUGAAAGAAAGAAAAUGAAAAAAAAAACAAAACAAAAAUGAAAACUUCCAAGAAACGAAAUGUGUUUUCUAGGCAUUACUUUAACGAUUUGUAUUUAAUUGUAAUUGUAGGUAAAUGUAAACCAAAGAACUAAAACUAUUGUAACUUAAUGUAUACUUUGAAUACGCUUUAAACUAUUCGUUAGAUAAUUUAACUAUUAAUUGUUUUUAUGACAGACAGCAACAAUUGCGUUUCGAUGGGCAGCUAAAAGCUAGCACAUUCGAGAAUUAUAAAUAUUUAAAUACAUAUAUAUAUUAAAUAGAUAAAUAUUUCAUUGCACUUGGCAGAAGGCAACGGAGUUGGCAGACGAGUUCUAUAAGUCGAUGUAUAAACUAAACUAAAUUAAAUUAAACUAAACUAAAGUACAUGCUAUAUCGUAUAUACCACAAUUUAUGACUUUUAAUGACGAUGUACGAUAACUUCAUUAAUUAAAUUGUUGAAUGAGCAACAAGCAAACUAAGCAUAUACAAAAACCAACAACCAAAAGACAGAUUCGAAUAAAAGUUAUGAAAAAUACUUACCA